AUGCCGUCCAUAGUCAACCUCAAGUUCAAGGGUAACAAGUCCUUUGUUGCUUUUAGCAACUUGAGCGACACCGAGUCACUCACAAAAACUUGGAAGGUAUGCACUAAAGUCGCUUCAUAUCUCGAGCAGGGCCAACGCCUCGAGAAUCUUUCUUGGCGACUUUGGCACUUGCAAAACCUAAUGGUCGACACCGACAAUGCAAAGUCCAAACGCGAAUUCAAGAAGUUGUCAAAGAACAUGGGUGACAAACUCGACAAAGAGAAGGGCCGUGCUAUUGAAUCUCUCGAAGCACCCGACUUCAAAAGAAACGCUUCAACUGACCUCAUCCGUCAACGCGCAGUCGAACGCGAACGUUCCCGAGAGGCUUCCCAGAACGCCCGGCCCGGUACCAUUAAGCGAAUGCAGUUUACAUUCAGUAUCGACGCUCCCCCCGGCUCAUUCCCUGCAACUUCAUCUUCAUCCUACACCUUCUCUGGCGAAGGCUCCACCCCCACCAAGCCAGACCUCAGGCCUAGCGUUGAGUUCAGAGAGGGUCGCAGGCGCAGGAGAGGUGACGGAUCCUCUGUCACUAAUCAUGCCUCUUCCGACUCCGCAUCCAACCAGAACGAUAUUUCUUCCUCUACCACUAACGACUCAUCUUACGAAAAAUUUGCCGCCUCGUAUGAAAAACUUCACUUCCCUCCCAUCUUCAGUACUUCGUUCGGUCCGACUGCUAUCCUCUACUCUACCCCCACCCUAUCUAACCCCAUGAGCUACGGGGAAGGUGUCAGCGGUGGCUGCGCAACUGGUUUUAGCAUUUACCGUCCGACUAUCGAACUUCCCCUAGACGAACUUUUAGGCGAGGACGGCAACGGUAAUAAUGUCCCCACCCAACCCGAGGGCGAGUCCCUCCUUGGCGGGUCUGCAGCAGCAGCUUCUGCUGAACAAGACGUUCUCAUGAGCGAUUCUCGUCAGCAGCAGCAACCUCAACCUUCUACUCCUGAUCCGUUUCCGGUCCCGCAAGUUCCUUCUCACUCUCAUACUCACGCUCAAUCGCACCCGCGUACUCGUGGCAAGGACCGUUCCAGCAAGACGCCCACAAAUCGUCCUGUACUAACUGUACAAACGUCUGCCACUAAGAAGACUGGUAAAGCUGGACGGCGUGCUUCUGGGAGCGUGAAGAGAAAAGCAACACUUACCGCUCCCGGCGGCGUCAAGGCUGAGUGUAGCAAUUGCGGCGCUACCCAUACCCCGCUAUGGCGAAGAGGUUUGAACGACGAAUUGAAUUGCAACGCUUGCGGUCUGUAUUGCAAAUUGCAUAAACGUCCGCGUCCAAAGUCCAUGCGUGCUAGUCAUGGAGAAGGACGACGCGGUGGUGCGUCGUCUUUGGCUUCUGCGUUGUCCACGUUCGCCCAAUGCUACAACUGUCACACGACUGCAACCCCUUUGUGGAGGAAGGACGAUGAAGGCAAGACCGUUUGCAACGCAUGCGGCCUCUACUACAAGCUUCACGGCUCUGCUCGUCCCAUUAGUAUGAAAUCCGAUAUUAUUCGGAAGCGCUCUCGACACGACGCUCGUGCACAGCGCUCCUCCCUCACUGAGCCCCCAAGCGCUUCUAACACGCCAGGCACUCCCUCCGAAACUCCUUCUCAAACUCAGACGCCCUCUGCGUCUCCAGGCGUUUCACGCCGCCCUACGCCUUCGCCUUCGCCAAUUCUAGCACCAGACAGUACCACUCAGCCUGUUGCCUCGCACAACAUGAGUGCGGGGAUGGGAGCAGGUGCAGGAAUGGUGGGUACGGGUAUGGGAGGCAGCAGCGAGUUGAUGGGUGCGCUGGGUGACACCUAUGCGGUGUAUAACCCCUUCCCUGGGCCAUACCACCCAGACUAUCUUAGCCAAAACUGGGUGCCGCCCAGUAUGGCUGGCGUCGGUAGUGGCACAAACGAGGCUGCCGGUAACAUUUCUAAUAACAACACCAAUCCCACUGCGAACGCCAACUCGAACUCUAAUACGACUGGGCGUACUGCCAAGCGCCGUCGUAUGAGCACUGACAGCGUGUCAGAGCCGCCUAGCAGCGCGGUUUCUUACUCCUCUUAUGGAGGAGACAGUUUCAGAACGGGUUCUGGUGCGACAAGCGCAGGUACUUCCUCGUCUUCGCGACGCAGCAGCAUGGACUUCCCAUUCUUCAGCCCUUAUACCGUAUUCCGAGGGAACGGUAACAACGCGUUCUGGCACCACUCUAGCAACGGUGGCGGUGCUGAACGCAGCCCGCAAUUCGUGCACCCUCCAAUGUUACCUGAAGCUGCUGGAAUCUCUGAUGGACACGCACAUGGGCAUGGGCGUGGUGGGCAUGGACACGGGAUGGAUUUCCUGCACCCGCCAAUGAUGCUUCCGCAGGAGGAAGAGAGUCUUUUCGCGACCUAUUUGCAUCCCCCGAUGAUUCUCCCGCAGGAGGGUGAGCAGGUACAGCAUGGGUAUGAGUAUGGACAGGGGGAGUACUACGAGACGGGGAACAUGCAGCAGUACUAG